AUGAAGUUGACAGGAAUAUUUCUGCUAUUGAUGCUUUGGACCUGCGAGAGCGCACGAGUUGCAGGUGAAAUAAUUUGCCUGAUGUUUGUCUAGAAUGGACGGAGUUUGUGGCAAUUGCAAUGCUUCGACUUGAACAUUAAACUACAGAAAAACAUAUAGGUUUUUUAAUGUAUUAUUAAAACCUCUUAAUGUAUUGAUUUACACUGACAAUGGUUUAACAUAGAGAUCAUUUUAGAGUUUAUUAUUCACAACAACAAUAAUCCAUUCCAAAAGACAGGGUAGACAAAGACGAACUGCUUAAGCUCAUUCCCCCGUUCCUCCUGCAUACAGAGAGCCGAGACGACAAUAGCGUGUACGACCUGUUCGAGCUGGUCCAAGUGCCCAACAAGAACCACGGAGUGACCCUAGUGAAGGGCGACGACCCAUACAGUCCCGCCUACAAGAUCCUCAACCCGGACCUGAUCCCCGAGGUCCCCGAGAGCUCCUUCAGGGACCUCAUCGAUUCCAUCCACGCCGAGAGGGGAUUCCUUCUCCUCCUCAACUUCAAGCAGUUCAAGCGGACCAGGGGCUCCCUUCUGACCGUGGAAAAGCGUGACGGAUCCGGAGCCGUGUUCGAGAUCGUCUCCAACGGGAAAGCGAACACCCUGGAUAUGGUUUUCUCCACAGUGAAUAAGCAACAGGUGGUGUCGAUAGAAGAUGUGGACUUGGCAACGGGUCACUGGAAGAAUAUAACGCUGUUCGUGCAGGAGGACCGGGCGCAGCUGUACGUUGGCUGUGAGGAGGUGAAUACCGCGGAACUGGACGCUCCCAUCCAGAGCAUUCUCACUCAGGAGACUCCCGUCACAGCGCGUCUCAGAAUCGGGAAGGGAGCGGUGAAGGACCGGUUCAUGGUAAGUGAAGCGCACAUGCGGAGCGCACGCGAUGACGCGUGAUGGAUUCAGAUAAUAUAAGUUGUCGAGUUGUUUUAGAUGUUUAGUAAGUGUUGAAUAUAGGGUUGUGUAACACUUAAAUAUUAUUAUAAUAUUAAAACUGAUAGACCUAUGCGUAAAAGUUAUACACUGUAUUGAAAACCCUUGUAAGUGAUCCAUAAAGACCAAUAUUUUUUUUGCAUAAAGUAGAGUGAUAGUGACUGUGCAGCACUAGAGGUAAAAGGGCCAUUGAUUCUUGCAGGGGGUGCUCCAAAACGUUCGCUUUGUCUUCGGAACCACUUUAGAUGCGAUUCUGCGCAACAAGGGAUGCCAAAACUGUGAGUAGCAUAAUCAUGAACAGAACGCAUCUUUCUGUGUUUAUCCAUGCAUCAUUGGUUGUAAUGCUAAAGCCAGCAGGACAUUCCUAAGAAUAUGCAUGACUGUUUAAAAGCCCCAUGGGAAAGUUGCACAAAAAAAAAGGCACGUUUAUGUUGCCAUGGGAGAGCUGGGAAGUUUACAAACACUUCAAUGCCUCCUCAGGGCUGGACACAUUAACUCAUUAUAGAUUCAAGAUAGUAUGAUGCUGCAAUGUUCUGUAAUACCCUAAGUGUAGUUACAUAUUCUCCACUGUAGUUAUGUCACCAAUGAGCCCUGGGGACUGUGUGUCUGUUGUGGUCUGAUGUGGUGUAGUGGGUAUUACCAUUACAGUCUACAGCGCUCUAACUGUCUCCCUCUGUGUGUUUUACCCACUCUCUCCUAUCUCUCUCUCUCUCAUCUUCUCUCUCUCGAUCCUCUCUCUCUCUCUUCUCCUCUCUCUCUUCCCUCUCUCACCUCCUCAUACCUCUCCCACUCCAUCAUCUUAUCUCUCUCCCCUCCAUCCCUCUCUCUCCCAACCUCAUCUGGUAUCCCUCGGUCUCCCCCAUUUCUCACUCGUCCCCUCCUCUCUCCCUGCCACCCCCCCCCCCCUCUCGCUCUCUCUCUCUCUCUCUCUCUCUCCCUCUCUCCCUCUCUUCCUCGCUUCCUCGCUUCCUCUCUCCCCCCUCCCUCUCCCCCUAAUUCUACCUCCGUCUCCCCUCAUUUAUUUCCCUCCCUCGCUCCCUUGCCCCCAUUAGCUGUUCUGACUGAUAGAAUCAUCAUUAUGGACAACCCCAUCAAUGGGUCCAGCCCUGCCAUUAGGACGGACUACACUGGCCACAAAACUAAAGGUAAACACAACAAAACUGCUGGUCUCCAUUUAACCUCUCCUCAAUAGAGCAGCACAGCACAGAAGUAUUAGAAGAAAGUAAAAGCAUUAUAUUCUAUUGUCAACAGUUGUCUGUAGCUGUAGGGAGUUGAAAGUAAGUCUGGAAGCCUUCAUGUACAUUGAUAGUCACACUAUGUUUCCAUAGAAUGAAUGUAUCUCUAUGGUGUUGUCCUUUCCUCCAGACCUGCAGAUGAUCUGUGGGUUCUCCUGUGAGGCCCUGGCUGGCAUGUUCAAGGAACUGCAGGGGCUUGGAGUGGUGGUGAAGGAGCUGUCCAACGAGCUGCGCAAAGUGGUGAGGAAACACACCAGCCUCCUGAACCAGACUCCUGCCAUAUGUCUGUCUGCCUGUCUGUCUGUCUGCCUGUCUGUCUGUCUGCCUGUCUGCCUGUCUGCCUGUCUGCCUGUCUGUCUGUCUGCCUGUCUGCGUGCCUGUCUUUCUGUCUUUCUGCCUGUCUGCCUGUCUGCCUGUCUGCCUGUCUGCCUGUCUGCCUGCCUGCCUGUCUUUCUGCCUGCCUGUCUGCCUGUCUGUCUGUCUGCCUGUCUGCGUGCCUGUCUUUCUGUCUUUCUGCCUGUCUGCCUGUCUGCCUGUCUGCCUGUCUGCCUGUCUGCCUGCCUGCCUGCCUGCCUGUCUGUCUGUCUGUCUGUCUGUCUGUCUGUCUGUCUGUCUGUCUGUCUGUCUGUCUGUCUGUCUGCCUGCCUGCCUGUCUGUCUGUCUGUCUGUCUGCCUGUCUGUCUGCCUGUCUUUCUGCCUGUCUGUCUGUCUGUCUGUCUGUCUGUCUGUCUGUCUGUCUGUCUGUCUGUCUGUCUUUCUGUCAGUCUGUCUGUGGCAUGAGACUGCAACAAACAGUUGGUCUGCCACUGCAUGUGGGCCUUGCUUAUUAUACUGGUCUACCAGUAUGAAACCCUUAAGGGACUGAGCACUCUUCUCAUAUCGUAUUCAUACUGAUUGUCUCAUAUCUGUCUGCUUCCUUCCUCCUUCCUUCCUUCCUACCUCCUUCAGACGGAUGAGAACAAGCUGUUGAUGAACAGAGCGGGGAUCCACAGUGGAGUCUGUCUGCACAACGGCAUCGUCCACAAGAACAAGGCCGAGUGGACCGUCGACGACUGCACUGAGUGCACUUGUCAGGUAAGGACCGAAGUCGAGAGACUGUGGUGUGUGUGUGUAUGUGUGUGUGUGUGUGUGUGGGGGAGGGGGGGGGUUCAAGCCUAUGUGGCACUUGCAGACGGCCACUUGCAAACACACACUCAUCCCCCACUCAGCAAGCGCCUGCUCGCUACUCCAGACCUCUGUCAUCUGGCCAGUCAUUGCGUAGGAGGAGGAGGCUAGCAUCAGGGCCAACAAGCCAACAGUGGGUGCUGUAGUGAAGUGAACGUGGGCCCAGGCCUACCACUCUAGGGAACAGACAGACAGACAGACAGACAGACAGACAGACAGACAGACAGACAGACAGACAGACAGACAGACAGACAGACAGACAGACAGACAGACAGACAGACAGACAGACCACACACACACACACCAUGACAUACACUGAGUGUACAAAACCCCCUGAUGAGCAUGAAAAACCCAGCAACAUUGCAGCUCUUGACACAAACCGGUGCGCCUGGCAUCUACUACCGUAUGCCGUUCAAAGGCACUUCAAUCUUUUGUCUUGCCCAUUCACCCUCUGAAUGGCACACAUACACAAUCCAUGUCUCAAUAUUAUCAAGGCUUAAAAAUCCUUCUUUAACCUGUCUCCUCCCCUUCAUCAUGGAAAGAGCAGGUGUUAAUAUUUUGUACACUCAGUAUAUACAAUACUGUUGUCAUAGUGUGGCUGCUGAUGUAAAAAGGGCUUUAUAAAAUACUUUUGAUAGAUUUUUUUUUUACCACCUACCCGAGUAAAAAAAAAAAAGUUCCUCUACGUUCAAGAUUAGUGAAAUCUUUUAGGACUACAAUAGAAACCAGUUUCCAAAUCCGUGUUCUUCAAGUUCAGGAAAUGACCUCGUCCUUUGUCACUCUCUCUGCCCCUCUGUAGAACUCUGCCACUGUGUGCCGCAAGAUCUCCUGCCCGCUGAUCCCCUGUGCCAACGCCACCAUGCCCGAUGGAGAGUGCUGCCCGCGCUGUGGAACACGUUAGUACCUCCAUUCACUAUUCUCCAAUGUUCCAACCCUAGAAUUAGACUGAACGGUUCUGAUUCUAUGGUUCUAUUUGUGUGGUUCCAACUUCCAACAAAACUAUUAAGCUCCCAGGAAGUAACAUACCUGCACAAACAAAGGUUUACAGUAUACUACUGUAUUAUCAACCCAAACCUUCUUCUGUUUUACUGUAAAUCCAUGAAUGGCCUGAGUUGUCCUAAGGCUUAAUGUAUCGAAGACAAACAGGCCAUUUAAAACAGCAUUACAUUCACUGCUAGCUAUUUGGACCUUCUUCACCAAAUAAAGCAUGAAACCACAACAACUUAUCUGGAUGUAAAGGUUUCUAUUCAAGAAAACGGAAUUCAUUUUAAGGGUGAUUUAAGUCCCCUAGCUUGUCAACGUAUGAGUGUGUCAGAACAUUGACGCAUUUUCCACCUAAAACAUCUUUGAAUCUUCAACUUUUAAUGGCUAUAAUUUGGCCAAAUUGGUUAAUGUGGGAUGGAAAAUUGGUGGGCUCUUUAGCGAAGCCAUCCUACACACAAGAACAAGUGACAUUUUCCUACAUACCUAAGAAGGCUGGGCAGCAGUGGCCCCUCGAAUCUAAAGACACAUGGAGAACCACUACCUUGGUCACUGAAGGUUUUGACAUGAUCAAGAACCCUGGAAUGAGCUAAUUCAAGUCUCUCUUUAAAGUAACAACAGUCAAUGGGGGAUCCCAGUAAAAUUCCUAGAAGGACUUUUCCAUUUCCACCGGCUUCCCUUUGGGCUUUCUCCUGCUCCUGAAAUCCCUGGAGUGGGCCAUCUCUCUGACUUUAUCAACACACACACACGCAUAUGCACUUACACACACACACACACACACACACACCCCAGGGCUAAACUCAGUACAUUAGACCGGAGCUCUAAGAACUUUAAGAGCUUAUAACCCUCACUUUCUGCUUGGGGUCUCUGCAGUCCAAUAGCUCUCUCAUUGACUUCCCCUCUCUCCUCCUCCUCCUCGCUCCUUCCCUCUCUCCCCUCCCUCCCCUUCCAUCUACCCUCGCUCUUCUCGGCCGCUCCAGCUCUCUCUAACCCCACCUCUACAUCGAACCUCCUUCAUCACCUCCUUCCGCCUCUACCUACUCACCUCUCACCUCCCUCCUCUUACUCCUUCUCUCUACCUCCUUCCUCCUCUACCUCCUUCCUCUCUACCUCCUUCCUCUACCUCCUUCCUCUACCUCCUUCCUCUCUACCUCCUUCCUCCUCUACCUCCUUCUCUCUCUACCUCCAUAGCGAGUGACUAUGCGGAAGAUGGUUGGUCCCUGUGGUCUGAAUGGACCCACUGUUCCGUGUCCUUGUGGGCGUGGGCAAUCCCAGCAAGAGGGCCGCUACUGCGAUCGCAAUAACAACAACUGCGAGGGAACCUCCGUCCAAACCAGGGACUGCUACCUUCGGGAGUGUGACAAACGCUGUGAGUUCAGUAUACACGUUACAAACGACCAAACAAAUCACAUUCAUCAAUCGUCACACAGAAACUUUUAUCACAGAUUUUUAUCACAAACUUUUGUAGUUUCAUAAAUGUAUCAAUGGUGACAGAAACGAUAGAUCUGCACCCACAUCCAGGAUCCAGCCGCAGAUCAGCCUUCUGUGACUCUACAGAGCAACAACUCACUGCCAUUUCACUUUAACUUAUUUUACCCUUGUUUUGACUGGACAAUGACCUAUAGCAUGACAAUGACCCAUAACCAAGUUUCUCAUUGACCCCUGACCUCUAUAACCUCUGACCUCUGUGCUCUGUGUCCUUCCAGUCAAGCAGGACGGUGCCUGGAGCCACUGGUCCCCCUGGUCAUCCUGCUCGGUCACCUGUGGGGCGGGUGUCAUCACCCGUAUCCGCCUCUGCAACUCCCCAACACCCCAGCUGGGAGGCAAGGACUGCCAGGGAGAGGGAAGACAGACGGAGAGGUGCACCAAGUCACCCUGCCCCAGUGAGUGCCAUUAGUCACAGGCUUUUAUGCAACAAGACCUGGGUCAAAUACAUAUGCUAUCAUCUCCGUUUGACAUUAUUCAAAGCCUUUUCAUGCACACCACACCGUGAGAUGUUUCUAUUCAAAUGCAUCAUCUCAAUCCUCAUCUUAUGCGUACAUUGUCAGUUAACCUUGAUAGCAGAUUGUCUCUGUUUCUUGUUUGGCAAGUCAACAACCAAGAAUUUGUCUAAAGAAGAAACAAAACUGGCACCCAGGCUACUUGCCAUUGUGUCUAUUUAAUACAACACAGACCCUACUACCCCCACUAAGGACACCACGCACACCCGCACACCUGCACACCUGCACACCUGCACACCUGUACACCUGUACUGACCUGUACUGUCUCUCUUCUUCUCUCUCAGUCAACGGUAACUGGGGACCCUGGUCGCUAUGGGAUACCUGCUCUGCCACCUGUGGAGGAGGAGCCCAGACGCGUAAACGUCUCUGCAACGACCCCACCCCCAAAUAUGGUGGCAAGGAGUGCCAGGGUGACUCCAAGGCCACUCAGCUGUGCAAGAAGAACGCCUGUCCUGUCGGUGAGUAGCAGGCACUGGCUGUGUCCUAAAGGGCACCCUAUUCUCUAUAUAGUGCACUACUUUUGACCAGAGCUCUAUGGUCAAAAGUAGUGCACUAGGGAAUAAGGCGCAGUGCACAGCCAAUGUAUCUUAUAACUCCUACAUGCUUUGAAUGAGUUGCUCAAAUUGUAGGUUUUAGACCGUUUUAAGGUAUAGUAACACGUUCAAAAUAUUACUUUUAAUGCUUUUAGGGCUUAUUAAAGCCGUAAAAGUCUACUUAGACACAGACAGCACUAAGUACUUAAAAGCAGUCAGUACUCAGUACUGAAAGCCCAUGUCUCUCUCCUCAGAUGGAUGUCUGUCCAACCCCUGCUUCCCUGGGGCCAAGUGCACUAGCUUCCCUGAUGGAACAUGGAGUUGUGGAAAAUGCCCCACUGGUUACUCUGGUAACGGCAUCAAGUGCAAGGACAUUGACGAGUGUAAAGAGGUUCCUGAUGCUUGCUUUGUGUUCAACGGAGUGCACAGCUGUGAGAACACCGACCCUGGCUACAACUGUCUGCCCUGUCCUGCACGCUACUCUGGACCUCAGCCCUUCGGCAGGGGAGUGGAGGAGGCCGCCGCCAAGAAACAGGUUAGUAGCAUCACCUGGUGGUGGACUAGUGUUGUGAUCAUAGUCCUGUCAUACUGUAUAUCUGUCCUCAGCUGAUUUAGAACUUGAAAUUUGGAAUUUAGAAUUUCGCGUUUGGAAUUUACAAGAUCAAAGAUUGCUUUACAAAGCCACGCUUUUCUUUGUCCAGAUCAUACUGCCAACUCUGUUGCAUGGCGGGCCAGCAGAUUGUGCCCUUUUGAAAACCAAGCCAGGUAGCCAAAAUAUCUCCUGGCUUGUCUGAACAACUCUUCUGUUUACUCCAGGUGUGUACACCACGUAACCCCUGCCUGGAUGGGAGCCACGACUGCAACAAGAACGCCCGCUGUAACUACCUGGGACACUUUGCCGACCCCAUGUACCGCUGUGAGUGUAAGCCUGGCUAUGCUGGGAACGGACACAUCUGUGGUGAGGACACAGACCUGGACGGGUGGCCCAACCAAGACCUGGUCUGCGUGGAGAACGCCACCUACCACUGCAAGAAGGUAUGCACGUCCUGACUCGUAUAGGUUCUUGAAAAGGUCCAGCUUGCUAUUUAACUAGUAAAUAACACACUUCCCUUUUGAGUGAUGUGCCGAUGCUGGCUGCAAUUAGAAAUAACAAUUAUUUUUGAAAGAAAAACAAGUGGUACAUUUAAUGUCUUACAGGACUGUUAAUAUAGUUAAAUAUAAUGUUCAUGCUUGUUGACUACAUUAUGUAUAUUGUUUGGCCUUAUGAUGUAACCUUUCUUUUGCAGGAUAACUGCCCCAACCUUCCCAACUCAGGCCAAGAAGACUACGACAAGGACGGUGUUGGUGACGCGUGUGACAACGAUGAUGACAAUGAUGGUAUUCCUGACGACAGGGUAAGUGAGGAAUUAAUCAUUGAUUUAUUGAUUCGUUCAUUGAGUCACUGAAGGUCUGAAGUCCUACCCCUUACUGAAAUGAAUUAAUUCAGGUUAUGCUACCUCUUGGUUAGUCCGUGUGUGUAUGAGUGAGUGUGUGUGUUCAGUUUUGGCAGUGAGACAUGAAUGUGGUUCUACAUUCAUCAUUCAUGAAAUAAGGGGAAGGAAAACGAAAAAAAAAAAAAAAAAUGUUUUGCCUUCAGACCUCAAAUCCCAACACAGAGGUACCACUCUGAACGAGCCGCAGUGUAAUCUGCUAGUCCUAACAUUAUAUUUGGGACAGGACCUAAAUAUAAAACACCCUUUCAUCCCCCCCCUCUCUCUCUGUAGGGUACAAAGACCACAGCAAGUUAAAAGCACAGUAUCUGAAAUUAAUAUAUCAUGUCAGAGAUGUUUUCCUAAGCAAGGCAGUGGACACUGGACUGAUUCUUCUGGUGGUUCUGAGGCUGGAGUAACUGAACGGUGCUCUCUCCUCUCCCUCCCCCCCUGAGAGCAAAGAAAAACACCCUCCCCCCAAAACCCUCUCUCAACCCUCUUCUCUCUCUCCCCUCCCCCUCUCUCGUCGCUCUCUCCUCUCUCUCUGAUCUCUCGCCACCCUCCAUCUCCCUCUCUCUCUCACCCCUUCUAUCUCUUCCUCUUCUCUCUCCACCCUCGGUAUCCCCCUCCCCACCCCCCCCCUCCCCCCCUCGCCCCCCCCCCCCCACUCUCUCUCUCCCCUCUCCUCCCUCUCACUCUCCCUCCUCCCCUUCCCCUACCUCUCUCAAAUCUCUCCCCCCUCCUCUCCUCUCUUCUCUCUCACAGGAUAAACUGUCGUUCGGUACCACCCAUGCAUACUGACUAUGACAGAGAUGAUGUUGGAGAUCGCUUUGUGAUAACUGUCCUUACAACAGCAACCUGACCAGACCGACACAGACAGCAACGGGGAAGGAGACGCCUGCUCUGUGGACAUUGAUGGAGAUGGUGAGACUCUAAACCUGCUUAGUGGACUCUAAUCUAAGAGACUCUAACCUUGCUUGGCUGUCCCUAUUUAAGUCCUAUACGGUAUAAUGUAGAUGCUAUAGGCUGGUGUUGAAUGCAGGCACCGCACCAUUCAAUGAUAACGCUUUGAAACCAAGUGCAAAUUGACUGCAUGUACAAGCAUGCAUUCCAUUACUAGCUCAACUUACUACGUUUCCAUUACCAUGACAACUCAACUAAGUCAUUUUCCUCACCUUCCUCCUCUUCUCCUGAGUAACAACAACUGUGAUUGGUCCAACAGGUAUUCUGAAUGAGAAAGACAACUGCCCAUUCGUCUACAACGUGGACCAGAGAGACACCGAUCUGGACGGUGUGGGAGAUAUGUGUGACAACUGCCCUCUGGAACAUAACCCUGACCAGGUGUGUGUUCUUACACUUACGACCCAUUCUACACACACACACACACACACACACACACACAAACACAAACACACACACACACACACACACAACACACACACAACACACACACAGAUGCAUGCACGUACGGGUACACAUGCAUGCCACUGUCACAAACACUUUCUGUCAUUUUAGAAGAACUCUCUCUGUUGCGUGACAGCUGUAACGGGUACCUGUAAUGGGUAGCUUUACUGGAUAGCUGUAAUGGGUAGCUGUAAUGGCUAGCUGUAAUGGGUAGCUGUAAUGGGUAGCUGUACUGGGUAGCUGUAACGGUACCACUGUAAUGGAGCUUAAUACCGAAUGCUGAAUGGGUAGCUGUACUGGGUAGCUGUAAGGAAGUAGCUGUACUGGGUAGCUGUAAUGUGUUGGAAUGGCUAGCGUAACUGGGUAGCUGUAACUGUAGCUGUAAUGGGUAGCUGUAAUGGUGUAAUGGGUAGCUGUAAUGGGUAGCUGUAAUGGUAGCUGUAAUGGGUAGCUGUAAUGGGUAGUAAUGAGUGUAAUGGGUAGCUAUGGGUAGCUGUACUGGUACGUAAUGGGUAAGUAGCUUACUGGGUAGCUGUAAUGGUGUAAUGGGUAGCUGUACUGGGUAGCUGUAACUGGUGUCAAUGGUAGCUGUAAUGGGUAUGUUGUAAUGGUAGUGUUAAUGGGUAGCUGUACUGGGUAGCUGUAAUGGUGUAAUGGUAGCGUAUGGUAGCUGUGGUGUGGUAAUGGCUGUAAUGGUGUAAUGUGGUAAGUUGUAUGGGUAGUUGUAUGUAAUGGUGUAAUGGGUAGCUGUACUGGGUAGCUGUAAUGGUGUAAUGGGUAGCUGUACUGGGUAGCUGUAAUGGUGUAAUGGGUAGCUGGUGUAAUGGUUAGCUGUAAUGGUGUAAUGGUGUAAUGGGUAGCUGUACUGGGUAGCUGUAAUGGUGUAAUGGUAGCUGUACUGGGUAUCUGUAAUGGUGUAAUGGGUAGCUGUAAUGGGUAGCUGUAUGGUUGGUAAGGCUGACGGUAGCUGUUAUGGUGUAAUGGUGUAUGGUGUGACUGGGUAGCUGUAUGGUUUGUAAUGGUUGGUUAAUGGGUAGCUGUGAAUAUGUACUGGGUAGCUGUAAUGGUGUAAUGUGGUAGCUGUACUGGGUAGCUGUAAUUGAAAUGGUUACUGGGUGUGUUGGGUAGCUGUAAUGGUGUAAUGUUUGUGUAAUGGUGUAUUAUGUUAUGGGUUAGCUGUACUGGGGUAUGGUGUAAUGGGUAGCUGUACUGGGUAGGUUAAUUGUAAUGGGUGUGUAAUGGUGUAAUGGUGUAAUGGUGUAAUGGGUAGCUGUAAUGGUGUAAUGGGUAGCUGUAAUGGUGUAAUGGUAGCUGUAAUGGUGUAAUGGGUAGCUGUAAUGGUAUGGUAGCUGUAAUGGUGUAAUGGUAGCUGUAAUGGUGUAAUGGUAGCUGUAAUGGUGUAAUGGUAGCUGUAGGUCUAGGCUGUAUCAUACCAUGUUAAGGUUGAGUUAAAUCCUCUGCAGCUCAGGGGCACUUACAGAAGCUCAAUAGGGCAUGCAUGGGGAGCCAGGCUUUUCAAUGGGGCUUUGACAUUGGCUUUGACUGCUCAGAGGGAAAGGUGGAGGGAUGGAGGGGUAGAGGCCAGGGUGGAGGGUUGGGCCCCGGGCUGGUCGUUAUUACCCAGGAAUGGGCUCGCCCCUGGCUCUAUGCGUGCCCCGUCGGGCGUCGGCACACACACAAGCCCUGUGUGGAUCCCACCUGUGCCAUGCUAGACUGACAACCAGGAAUGUGUUCGGAACAACAGGACUCAGUUAGGGGGAAAAUGGGCAGAAUUCACACCAAUCCAAUUCUUCCCUCUCUCCCUCUCUCCCCCUCCCUCCCUCCCUCCCUCCCUCCCUCCCUCUCUCCCCCCCUCCCUCCCUCCCUCCCUCCCUCGCCUCAUGUGAGGCAAUGACAUCUGUGUGUUGGAGGAGAGGAGGAGAGAGGGAAGGAGGAGGAGAGGAGGGGUGUGUUUAGGGUACUUUGAUGCAGAUGAAAAGCGCCACCAGAAGUUGGACAAAUUGAUCUUGGCAGGUUUAGAGAGGUGAGAGUGAUUGGAGCCUGGGGACAGUCCAUUAUGAGAGGAGAGGAGGUGAAGGAGGAGGAGAAGAGGAGGAGAUAUUAGGAGAUGACGGGUUGAACGAAUGGUACAGCUGGAAAUCAAAUCAGCAUCAGGUGUCAUUAUAAUCACUACUGUUAGUUGUCCGUAGGCACAGAUAUAGGAUCAGCUCACCUUCCCCAUGUUCUACAUCUUAUCUGUAGGAAGGAAACACAAAAUGGGCCCUAGAUCAGUGUCUAAGGAGAUCUACAGUAGGAGACUAGGAGAGGAACUAGGAGAGGAACUAGGAGAGGAACAAAGCACUUACCCCAUAUCAGUGUCUCAGGGCAACUCACAAUAUGUUAAAGUAAUCUCCACCAACUCACAAUAUGUUAACAUAAUCUCCACCAACUCACAAUAUGUUAAGUAAUCUCCACCAACUCAUAAUAUGCUAAAUCAUCUCCACCAACUCACAAUAUGUUAAGUAAUAUCCCCCAACUCACAAUAUGUUAACUAAUCUCCACUAACUCACAAUAUGUUAAGUAAUCACCACCAACUCACAAUAUGUUAAGCAAUCUCCACCAACUCACAAUAUGUUAAAUGAUCUUCACCAACAGGUGGAUCUACUGUGUUGCAACCGCUAACAUUUGCUAGCAUGCUAACGUCAAUCUCCAUUUACCUCUACAGGUUGACUCUGAUGACGACCGUGUGGGAGACAAGUGUGACAGCAAUCAGGACAUUGAUGAGGACGGCCACCAGAACAACCUGGACAACUGCCCCUACAUCCCCAACGCUAACCAGGCCGACCACGACAAAGACGGCAAGGGAGACGCCUGCGACCACGAUGAUGACAACGACGGGAUCCCUGAUGAGAAAGACAACUGCAGACUGGCCUUCAACCCUGACCAGCUCGACUCUGAUGGUGAGUUAGAUGAAGAAUAGGAGAGAUACGCAAUAAAAUUGGAGUUCAAUUUCUUAUUCAACUAAUCAAGUUCUCGACAUUAGUUGAAAGUUAGUUUCAUUAGCUGCUUCAUCCUAAGACAUGUUAUUUACUGAGCUUUCAAUCUUCUUCCAGGUGAUGGUCGGGGAGAUGUUUGCAAAGAUGACUUUGACCAAGACAACGUGCCUGACAUCUAUGACGUGUGUCCGGAGAACUUUGACAUCAGCGAGACAGACUUCAGGAAGUUCCAGAUGGUUCCCCUGGACCCCAAGGGAACGUCCCAGAUCGACCCCAACUGGGUGGUCAGACAUCAGGGCAAAGAGCUUGUCCAGACUGUCAACUGUGACCCUGGCAUUGCUGUUGGUGAGUGGAUUCGUUGGGUGGGUGGGCGGUGGGUGGUUGGUUGAUUGGUGGGUGGCUUGAUUGAUUGAUUGAUUCUACGCUUUGGGACAUCUCAAAAUAACCCAAGCCUAACUAAAAAGACCAUCCUCUCACUGACAUCUUCUCUGUUUCUCCAUUCCCAGGUUUUGAUGAGUUCAACGCGGUGGACUUCAGUGGAACCUUCUUCAUCAACACGGAGAGAGACGACGACUACGCCGGCUUUGUGUUCGGCUACCAGUCCAGCUCCAGGUUCUACGUGGUGAUGUGGAAGCAGAUCACACAGACCUACUGGAACAACAAACCCACCAAGGCUCAGGGAUACUCAGGACUGUCCAUCAAGGUGGUCAACUCUACUACCGGACCUGGAGAGCACCUCAGGAACGCUCUCUGGCACACGGGCAACACACCAGGACAGGUAAGAUGGGCAUACACGCAAACACACACACACACACAGGAAACACCUCAGGACAACACCACCUAACUCUCCCUAUGUUUCUCCCUUCUUCUCUAGGUGAGGACUCUGUGGCACGACCCUAAGAACGUUGGCUGGAAAGACUUCACAGCCUACAGAUGGCACCUGAUCCACAGACCCAGAACAGGACACAUCAGGUGAGCACUGGAGAGUCAUUGGCCUGGUGGAGAUUUCUGAGACUCUCCAAAAUGCCAGUAUUUACUGUAUGCCCUCGCCCUCUGAUGGUUUGUCUCACACGAGUCUUGUUUCUAAUUUCAGAGUGGUCAUGUACGAGGGGAAGAAGAUUAUGAAGGAUUCCGGGAGCAUAUACGACAAGACGUACGCUGGCGGAAGACUAGGUCUCUUCGUCUUCUCUCAAGAGAUGGUAUACUUCUCAGACCUCAAGUACGAAUGCAGAGGUAAGCAACAAGGACAUUUCUACAUCUUACUAUAACUCCAACAACAAUUGUUUAGUGGAAUCUCUUUCACAAUACACUUAUGUGAAAUACCUAACCACAUAACUUAACACUUUGUCCUAAGUUAAUGCUUAACUUUUGUCCUUUGUUUUUUUUUUAGAUGCAUAA